AUAGCUUUUCUUCUCUCUCUCUCUCUCUCUCUCUCUCUCCUGGUGUUGGUUCUGGGUUUCCAGUCUUUCUCCAUUCUUUCAUGUACUUUAAUUAUUAGAAUCUUUUGGUUAUUAUCACAAUUCCAUGAAAUUUUCUCCCUAAAUUUGUUUCGUUGGGGGUUGCACUGUUCAUCUUUGAGGGUUGGAUCGUGAUGAGUUCUUCUUUCUCUCACUUUUUGGUUAUAACUCACUUUUCUUUUCGAUUUAUCCUGAUCCGUGUGUGUGAAUGAAUGAUUUCACUCCUUUUGAGCUUCAAGAUGAAGUGAGAGAGAGAGAGAGAGAGAGAGAGAGAGGGCUUUGGUAUUAGAGAAGAAGAUUUCAUGUGUCGGAUAGUGAGUGAUGAUGAUAAAAAUGAACAAUACGACUCUUUUGACCACAAAAAAAGAGAUAAAAUAAAGCAAAAACAGAGUCCAUGAAGAAAAGUUGUCCCCUUUGAUGUGCAUUCUUGAUUGUAAUAGUCAAUGAGAGAGAGUGAGAAAAAACUGUUUCUUCUCUUUUUUCAACCACACGCUUCGUGUCCUGUCCCAUGGAUGUGAUGGGUCUUGAAGAAGACCAGUUUUUGUUUCUGGGUUGGUUCUGAGUAAUCUUUAAAUUCUCUCUUUUUUAGAGAUCUUGACAAGUCUCUCUAAUAAGGGUGUGUGAAAAUGCCGAUGUAUCAGCCUUGUAGUCGGAGGAGGGACAGUGGUGGGCUUGUUUUGGAUCUGGAAGCCGCCGUGAAAGAUGGGAUUUUGGGCGGCGGAGCCACCGCCGGAGAGAAAUUGGAUCUGAAGAAGAUGAUUGAAGAGCUUGAUUCAGUCGAAGUUCCAUCGGUCUUCAUUUGCCCUAUUUCUUUGGAGCCAAUGCUAGAUCCUGUGACUCUCUGCACAGGGCAGACCUACGAGAGAUCCAACAUUCUCAAAUGGUUCUCUUUAGGCCACUUCAUUUGCCCCACAACGAUGCAAGAUCUUUGGGACGAUUCAGUGACUCCAAACAAGACUCUUCACCAUCUAAUUCACAGUUGGUUCUCUCAAAAGUACUUGGCGAUGAAGAAGAGAUCAGGGGAUGUGCAGGGGAGAGCUUUGGAGCUUUUGGAGACAUUGAAGAAGGUGAAAGGUCAAGCUAGAGUUCAAGCUCUCCAGGAGCUCAGGCAAAUCGUCUCUGCUCACGAUUCGGCCAAGAAAACACUGGCUGAGAACAAUGGGUUUUGCCUAAUUUCUUCGUUGUUGGGUCGUUUCACAACUCAUGCUGUUGGGUCGGAGGCUAUUGGGAUUCUUGUGAAUUUCGAUCUCAAUUCGGAGUCGAUAACCAAUUUGAUGCAACCUGCGAAGGUAUCGUUAAUGGUUGACAUGUUGAAUGAAGGGUCAAUUGAGACGAAGAUCAAUUGCACGAAAUUGAUCGAAAUGUUGAUGGUGGGGAAGGAUUUCGAGUCGGAAAUUGUGUCGAGUUUGAGCCUUUUGGUGGGGUUGUUGAGAUUGGUGAAGGAUAAGAGGCACGUCAAUGGAGUUUUGGCUGGACUUAGAUUGCUCAAGAUGGUCGUUUCACACGAAGGCGUGGCGAAUUCGAUUGUGAGCAUUGGGGGAGUUCCUCAGCUUGUUGAGCUCUUGCCCAAUUUGAAUGCAGAGUGUUUAGAAUUAGCACUUUACAUUCUUGAAGCUCUGUCAAAUCUUCCAGAGGGAAGAUUGGCUUUGAAGGAUUGUCCCAAAACCAUUGCUAAUAUGGUGAAAUUGUUAAUGAAGGUUUCGGAGAAUUGCACUCAAUUGGCGUUGUCGAUCUUGUGGGCGAUCUGUGCGCUCGCCCCUGAAGAAUAUGCGCCAAUUGCAGUCGAUGCAGGCGUGGCUGCGAAGCUCCUUCUUGUGAUUCAGAGCGGUUGCAACGCAGUGUUGAAGCAGCGGGCAGCUGAGCUCUUGAAGCUGUGUAGUCUACACUACACUGCUACCAUCUUCAUUUCCAAGUGCAAACUUAUAAGAACACUUCAAUGAAAACUUGGUACCCUUUGCGGAUGAUGGGAAUGAAGAGCUUUUGGGUUCGAAGAUGGUGAAAAAGAAAGUGAAAUGGGGUUCUUGAUGUACCUUUUCUUCACUCUCCUGUAUAUGCUAAAGGAUUUCAAUUUCGAUCAAUUGGUUUCGCUGUGGAAGGAUCAUAAUGUGAAAUUUCACAGCCUACUUAUCGCCAAAGUUUUCCAGUAAGCCUAUACAAGUUUGUGUUCCAAAUUGAUCCUCUAUUUGUUUAUACCAAUUCGCGACUUUUUGAAUGGUUGUUUCGAAUCUGCAAGCGAGAGCUGUAAAUCAUGCUCUGGCGAUGGAGAUAUGAACAGAUAUGUUAGCACUUGUAAUUAUAGUUAAUUUUAUUAAGCUUUAUCCCUAAUUUACCUCCAAAUCCUUGUUUUGAAGGUUCUGUGGGGAGUUCAUAAUUCAUUUUUGUUCAUUGUUCACCAUUGUAGAGUUUGUAUGUUUUUGGUCUAUCAACAUGUACAAUGAAUAUGCAAUUUUGUUUUUUCAUUCUACUUGAUAUCUAUUUCAAUUUCACAAUUUGUCU